CACCGGUGGAUUUUCGUAGGUACGUAGCGCUUUGUGCAUGUGCAUCGUAUACGUACAAUGUACGUUGUGAUAUUGCACUUUCGAAGGUAGCUAGUUCACUCACUCAGUGGUUGAGAGACAAGCAUCGAGUGAGAAAAUGGCGAAUGUAGACUGGGAUGCAGCGAUUCAGGAGCAAGAAAAGAAGGUAAAGAACCUUGGUAUUGGAGAUGAAGCGCCCCCACCUGCCUAUCCAGCGGCCCCCUCCCCAGCCGCUACCCCAGCUGCUACCCCAGCGGCCUCUCAGGCACAGAGUGCCACAGCUCCAGCCCCUGCCGCUGCUCCAGCUUCAGCUGCUGGUGGUGUAGAGAAGGAAGAUGAUGCUAAGGAAGCUGCUGAUGCAUCUCUUCUCAACAAAGCUCUUCAUUCCCGUCUCAUCCAACACACAUCAACCUCACAGCUAGAGGUCCAACAGAAGGACCCCAACUCACCCCUUCACUCCGUCAAAUCUUUUGAAGAACUUCGCCUGAAGCAAGCACUUCUAAAAGGAGUGUAUGAGAUGGGGUUCAAUGCACCUUCUAAGAUUCAGGAGACGGCACUGCCUCUUCUUAUGGCUGACCCGCCCAAGAACAUGAUAGCACAAUCUCAGAGUGGUACAGGAAAGACAGCAGCUUUUGUAUUAACCAUGCUGAGUAGAGUAGAUAACAACCAUUACCCACAGGCCCUUUGUCUAGCACCAACCUAUGAACUAGCAAUUCAAAUAGGAAAAGUAGUGGAGGAGAUGGGGAAAAACCUUCCUGAUAUCAACGUGAGGUACGCAGUCAGAGGACAAAGAGUUCAACGAGGAGAGAAGGUAAACCAGCAGAUCAUCAUAGGAACUCCAGGAACGACGCUCGACUGGUGUUUAAAGCUCCGCAGCAUAGACCUGUCAAGGAUGAAAGUAUUCUGUCUAGAUGAAGCUGAUGUUAUGAUAGCAACGCAGGGCCAUCAAGACCAAAGUAUCCGCAUUCAAAAGAAACUUCCAAGCGCUUGUCAAAUGAUGCUGUUCUCCGCCACGUACGACAACACCGUCAUGAAGUUUGCAACGACGGUGGUCCCUGAUCCAGUGGUCAUACGCCUCCGUCGGGAGGAAGAAAGUCUUUCCAACAUCAAACAGUACUACGUCCUAUGCUCCAACAAGGAGGAGAAGGCUGAAUCACUCUCUAACAUCUACGGUACCAUAACAAUCGGUCAAGCAAUGAUAUUCUGUCAGACGAAGAGAAAUGCUAACUGGCUUGCGGAGAGGAUGACACGAGAGGGACAUGCGGUGGCGCUGUUGAGCGGUGAUCUCACGGUGGAACAGAGAGUGGCUGUUCUGGAGCGGUAUAGAGCAGGAAAAGAGAAGAUCUUAAUCACGACCAAUGUCAUGGCUAGAGGUAUUGACAUCGAGCAGGUCACUGUGGUGGUGAACUUUGACCUUCCAGUGGACAUGAACGGGCAGGCUGACUGUGAGACAUACCUGCAUCGGAUCGGACGAACAGGACGCUUCGGCAAGUCAGGUCUAGCAAUUAACUUUGUAGACGGACCCAGGAGUAUGGAUAUUAUGAAGAUCAUCGAGAAUCACUUUGGACGCCAGAUUGAAAGGUUGUACACGGACGAUGCAGAGGAGAUUGAGAAGAUUGUUUGAUCGCUGCAUUCAAUCAUCAAAUCAUCCAUCAUCGUUUUCAUAAGGACACCACAAAAAGUGACAUUUUUUUUUAUCCAGCUGCUGUCCCAAAAGGCUCAUGACAUCUAUUUCGCGAUUAACGAGCUUCAAGCAUAACCAAGGAAAGAAUUGUAUUAUGCAGGUAUGGAGAUAAGGAGAAGUUUGCGGCUUUCCCUCCAAAGAUAAGUUUGUUUGAGAACUUUUGAAUGGCUACAAAUGUCAACGCAGUUAGUAUUCCUUUAAAAUAAAAAUCCUGAUAUUCCUGGUGAGCUAUUGUGAGUUUACCAAGGAAGCCUUCUUUUGAGGGAGUUCCUAAUGUGCCAGUAUCCCAAAAUAGAAUACAUUCGUGAAGGUGUUAGUAUAUCAACACAGGGUAUUUUGGGAGCAGGCUGUUUGGACUAUUACAAAGGUACCAAAUAUGGAUAAAGUUAAACUAAUGCUCAAAUAUACAAUUUAUCAUUUGUUUUAUAAAA